AUGUCGUCUUCCCUGGCCGCUCAGGUAUGCAGGAGUUUCGGCGAAUGUGAGGACGCCUGGCCCAGGGACUGGCUUAACUCCACUUCACCGUCUCGUUCAUUGCCUCGAGAAAUCAUACAACUCCGUACCAGCCUGGAUGCAGAUUUUGUGCCAACCAAGAUCGAAUACGAGAACACAGUGAAGCGCAUGUUUCUGGAGAUAGUGGACACCGCGCAAGAAUACACAAAACGAAAGCUAUUUGGGUUGGCUGCAGAGGAGGAGAUAUUCCGGUUGAAAUUGGGGUCCAUCAACAUUGAAUACGACCGCUCAUACAUUGAGAUCCUUUCCAACCUCUCGACAGAUUUGGACUCGGUGAGCGGAGCCUUGGUUGCCGUACGAUCAGACAAGACAUACCAGAUUUCCCGCUUCUUGAAAGAAGUCGAUCCGCUGCUGAUAUCAUUACGCAGCCGCUUGAAAAAGCUGGUCCGAUUGAAAGAUGACAUUUGUGACCAUCGGCAUACUGAUCUGGCUCAGGAGAACAACACUAUCCUCCGUCUUCCCAAGGGUCUUGUGACUUUUUCUGGCCAUGCAAACAACGUCUACAGGAUGCUACAGGAGCGGGACUGCCUUACACGGACGAGACGCGUAUCUCAAUUUGUGGAUGCCACGAGCUCGUCAGGCCAGAGCCAACUCAAUACGGCCUCCAGCUGGCUCCACGCGCCGGAAGCCGCAGGGCAAGGCAACAUGGAGAUCGAAGAGCGGUCUCCGAUCAAGAACAUUUGUGUCCAUUUGACAGAUGAACGAAAACUGGAAGGUAUUCUGCAGGACAGCAACGAUUCGUAUUCGGUGAAGGUAGCAAGUCCUGGUAAAGUCGCUGGUGCGAGCGGGACUCCAGGACCACGCAUGGCAACACUUGAGUCCGUGUUGGCGCACAGCCUUCAUCCCCAGCCUUACCUCGCAAAGUACUUCGAUAAUGAUUGGUCCGAUGUCAGUGCAGAUACCGCAGACCAGCCAGCACAAAGUCUCGGGGACAUACUCUCGAGACUGUUUCCAGUUCGCAGCUCCUGGGAGCCACACAGAUCAGGCACGCUCCUUUCCAGGCUGUUCAAGCACCUCGCCUGGCCGGCAAUACCCUCCGAUAGAGAAUCUCGUCACGCCAUAAACGAGGUGCUGAGUGAGAUAGAAAGUGACUACGGAUAUGGACUGGGGAGCGCACUCAGAUGGUGUCUCGAGACCCAAACCUCUGACGCUAAUGACCUCAGUUGGCGUGCAGCCAUGCAAGCCAAAGUUGUCGAACCUCUGAAGGCUUUAUCAGAGAUCACAUCCACUGCUCUGCGUACCACAGAAUUUGACAUGACCGCAGAUCAGCUCAAAGACGCUCUAAAGCGGUCGACAAUGGUCUGCCCGGAGCCCAUCCGGCAGACACCGACACAUCGGUUCGAUUUCGACGUCGGCUUCUGCCCUCGCGGUGCACUCGAGAGCCUAGUACGUCACCACGAAGACCUGCUCAAAAUCUUGUACAUGCAGACUGCUCGAUCGUCAGUCUCAGAAGGCUCCAUCUCGCACGAUUCCGACCUCCAAAAAGCUACUGAAGCCAACUCUUUCUUUGCCGGCUUGAUGAAACGACCGCACUUCUGGCAAGUCCUCGCAUCUCUAAUAUACUCAAAGACAACCCCUUCUUCAAAGAUGUGGCUGGCCACCUGGAGUCGGUUUACGAGUGCUUGUCGGAACGUUCAAGAGCACUUCGAAAUAUUCACUGAAAAGUCUCUGCCUUUCGACAAUGUUCAUCUGGAGACGCUUUUCCACGAGAGCUCGACUGAUAUCGUUCUGUUUCGAACGAUGCAGUACAUGUUUUGUGCGGCAACACUGGAACAAGAUUGUCAGCUCGAGAACAUACUCGUCACAUACGAAGACGACCCCGAGACAGGACAGCGCAGACCGCAUCAACAUCCCAGGCGCCCUCGAGCAACUCUACCAAGACGGGUAUUGGUACAGACACGCGGCGACCCAUACUUUCCCAAUGCUGCCCCAGAGGCUCGAAUAGGCGAUGGGCUCGUUGGAGCGUCGAGCGACGUAUGGGCAUUUGGGACAGUCCUUGCCCAAUACCUGGCAUGGCUGUAUGGCGGCAACGAAGCGCUCGAGGACCUUCGAGCCAGGUUGUUGAAGGACUAUAGCGACAUGACGUUCUUCAGAGUCAUCAGGCCACCUGAGAACUCGGCGUCGAACGGAGGUCUUCAAAGCAACAAGGGUGCAGACGAAGAUGCCUCGUUGACGACAGGUAUCGCUCAGGAGUAUGCGGUGGUUAAAGAACAAGCUUUGGCGUGGUUCGACGACAGAAUGGCGGGUCAUUCUGAGCUGUCGAACUGCACAGGUACACACAGCGCUGAUCAGACAAGGCUCCAGGACACACUGUUUGCAGCCUGUUGGAAGCUCUUGCGAGAAAAAGUUCUCAUUUGCGAUCACCGUCACCGCGCACAAAUUGAAGACGUCUGUGAAGAGCUGAGCAGGAGACAGCAGGCUUUGGGGGUUGGGAAAGGGAGCUUAUGA